UUGGUGGUUUAUUAGUAUAGUAUUUUUUUGGUACAAACGAAGUUUAAUUAUAUUAAUUGAACUCGAAGAAGCUUAUAACGCACAGUUCAUUUGAUGUCCCAAUUCAUAUUACUCUACGUCUUGCUUGUACCAUUUUUCCAUUUCUCAAACGCUUUUUUGCAUGUACCAUUUACUGAAGCAAACUGAUAGAGUAUCCUAUUGUUCUCGAAUCAUAGACCAUUGUUUAUCACUAAAGUCGGUAACUUUAGCUAAAACUGUCCAUGCCCAGUUGAUAAAAGUUGGAUUGAAUAGUCAUACUUUUCUGGGUAAUCGUUAUCUUGACCUGUACUCCAAGCUUUUUGACUCUGUUGAUAAUGUCUUGAAAGUGUUUGAUGAUAUAUCUUGUAAAAAUACUAUAUCUUGGAACAUUUGCUUGAAGGGUAUGAUAAAUAUUGGCCGGUUGGAGAGUGCACGGUUGCUGUUUGAUGAAAUGCCUGAGAGAGAUGUGGUUAGUUGGAAUUCCAUGAUUUCUGGGUUUGCUUCACUUGGCUACGUAAAUUCUGCAUUGGGAACUUUUGGGAAGAUGCAAAAUAUGGGGGUUAGACCAAGUGAGUUUACUUACUCAAUUAUGGUGUCUUUAGUGUCUGAUGCUCUUCUUGGUAAGGAACUUCAUGCUAGCAUGAUUCGGAGUGGACUGAGCAUGUUGAAUGUUGUGCUUGGAAAUUCAUUAAUUGACAUGUAUGGGAGGCUUGGCCAUAUUGAUUAUGCUUUUGGAGUGUUUUUGACAAUGGUAGAGGUGGAUGUUAUUACAUGGAAUUCAUUGAUUACAGGGUGUUGUAAAUCAGGAUAUGGAGACUUAGCAUUAAGUCAAUUUUGUUUAAUGAGGUCCUUGGGUUUUUCAUCUGAUGAGUUUACAUGUUCCGCGGUAAUCACUUCGUGCUGUAAUUUGCGAAAUUUGGACAAGGGUAAGCAGAUUUUUGCUUUCUGUCUCAAGGUGGGAUUUCUUUGUAAUACCAUUGUAUCAAGUGCUGCUAUUGACCUGUUUUCCAAAUGCAACAGAUUGGAGGAUUCAGUGCAGCUUUUUGAGGAACUAGAUCAAAGGGACUCCGCACUUUGCAAUUCUAUGAUAUCAAGUUAUGUUGGGCAUGGUUUUGAGGAGAAGGCUCUCCAAAUUUUUGUGGAUUCCUUGAGGGCGGAUAUCAGGCCUACCGAGUUCACAAUCAGCAGUGUUUUAAGCUCGAUCUCCAGUUUUCCAGCAGAUCAAGGUACGCAGAUCCAUUCCUUGGCGGUCAAAUUGGGUUUGGAGUCGGAUGCUAUUGUUGCUAGCUCACUUGUAGAGAUGUAUGCUAAAUUUGGAUUGAUUGAUUACGCAAUUGAUAUCUUUAAGAACAUGAUGAUAAGAGAUUUGAUAUCGUGGAAUACAAUGAUAAUGGGUUUGACUCAUAAUGGCAGAGUACCCGAGGCCCUCGGAACUUUUAAUGAAUUACUAAGUACUGGCCCACCACCAGAUCGAAUGACAGUAGCGGGAAUCUUAUUAGCUUGCAGCUAUGGGGGUUUUCUUGAUGAGGGAGUGAGUAUAUUUUCGUUGAUGCACGAGAGCCAUGGAAUUACUCCUGGCAAUGAGCAUUACUCUUGCAUUGUGGACUUAUUGUGUCAAACUGGUAGGGUUGAUGAUGCGAUGAGUAUAGUAGAAGCAAUGCCUUAUGAACCCGAUUCGUUGAUUUGGAGAUUGAUACUCAACGCUUGUGCAAUUCAUGGAGACCUGAGACUGAUGGAGAUAGUAGCGGAGAGGUUACUGGAGGUGGAACCACUAUUAUCUCUUCCUUAUCUGGUACUGGCUCGAAUAUACGAGAAGAGGGGUCAAUGGGAAGCCAUGGUUCGAGUUAAACGAAUCAUGGAAAUGAAAAAGGUGAAGACGGUUAUUGGAUGCAGUUGGAUUGGAUUGAAAAACAAUGUAUAUGUAUUCAGUGCAGAUCAAUUGCAGCAUCAUGGAGGCAAAAACAUAUAUUCCUUGUUAAGAUUGAUCGACUGGGAGGUAGAAAAUGAAGGUUACUUUUGUCUGCUGAAGACCAAAUGAUUUUGCAGAACAUAUAAAAAUAUUGCAGCAGAAAACAUAACAUCAGAUUUGUCUGAUAAGUUAAUAACUCAUUUUGCUGAAUAUACUGCAAAGUGGCAGUCACAAUCAAUAUGUUUAUGCAUUUACUAAUUUAGGAUAUUCAUGAAUCAAAACCUAAAUGAGAAUUUCCGUGGAGGAUAAUACUUGUGGUUCACCAUCAA